CAGAGAGGAGUAAGGUAAAGUGUGUGAGCAACAAGCAGGGAGGGAGAACAGAAAGAGAGGGAGAGUGGAUUGGGAGAGUGUUUUAUUUUUUCCUAACAGUUCGUCUGACUCUAGUGGCAGUCGGGAGGGAAAAGAACAAAUGCUUUAUUUUCAAGGAGCUUUUGACUGAGAUCCUAUAAAGGAGGGAGGUGAAGAGAUGCGAGGAGCUUCCUGCUAACCUCAGACUCUUAUUUCAUCACCCAUCCCUGAAUGGACGCUCUGUUGUGAUGGGGACUGUAAGUGAGCUGUGUGCGUCCAGUUUCCAAGCUUUUCUCUGCCCUACUGUACGAGCGGGAGCACCUGCUGCUGCCUCAGUGCCUGAUGACCUGAGUCCAGAGGAGCGACAGGAGCUGGAGAGCAUCCGCCGCAGGAAACAGGAGCUCCUCCAAGACAUACAAAGGCUGAAGGAUGAGAUAGCAGAGGUGACCAAUGAGAUUGAAAACCUGGGUGUGACUGAAGAGAGGAAAAGCAUGCAGAGGAACAAGCAGAUGGCCAUAGGCCGAAAGAAGUUCAACAUGGACCCUGCAAAGGGUAUUCGCUUUCUGAUAGACAGCUCGCUGCUGAAAAACACCAGCGAAGACAUCGCACAGUUUCUGUACAAGGGGGAGGGGCUGAAUAAGACGGCCAUUGGUGACUACCUGGGGGAGAGAGAUGAGUUCAACAUCAAGGUUCUGCACGCUUUCCUGGAGCUGCACGAGUUCUCGGACCUGAACCUGGUCCAGGCGCUGCGGCAGUUCCUGUGGAGCUUCAGGCUGCCUGGUGAGGCUCAGAAGAUCGACCGCAUGAUGGAGGCGUUCGCCCAGAGAUACUGCCACUGCAACCCCGGAGUGUUUCAGAGCACUGAUACUUGCUACGUGUUGUCUUUUGCUGUGAUCAUGCUGAACACAAGUCUACACAACCCGAACGUCAGAGACAAGCCCUCAGUUCAGAGGUUCACUGCCAUGAACAGAGGAAUAAAUGACGGAGGAGAUCUACCUGAGGAUCUGCUCAGAAACCUCUACGACAGCAUCAAGAACGAACCCUUUAAGAUCCCAGAGGACGACGGGAACGACCUCACACACACCUUCUUCAACCCUGACAGAGAGGGCUGGCUGCUAAAGCUGGGAGGUGGACGAGUAAAGACCUGGAAGAGACGUUGGUUUAUCCUCACAGAUAACUGCCUCUACUACUUCGAAUACACCACAGAUAAAGAACCCAGAGGGAUUAUUCCACUGGAGAAUCUGAGUAUCAGAGAAGUGGAAGACUCAAAGAAACCGAACUGCUUUGAGCUCUUCAUCCCCAACAAUAAAGAUCAGGUGAUCAAAGCGUGUAAGACGGAGGCGGACGGCCGAGUGGUGGAGGGAAACCACACGUUCUACAGAAUCUCUGCUCCAACAGCUGAGGAGAAGGACGAAUGGAUCAAAAGCAUCAAGGCCGCCAUCAGCAAAGACCCCUUCUAUGAGAUGCUGGCAGCUCGGAAGAAGAAGGUCUCCUCCCUGAAGGGGCUGUGAGAGCAGCUCCGGUCAGAUAUCCUUUAGAGGACUCGCCUUCCACCAGUGUUCCUCUCUGUAACCGUCUGAGUGAAUCCGCCUUCAGCACAGAUAGUCCCCAGAAGCUCAACAUGUAAAGAGAUCCGUUAGAAGCCUUAUCAGUACUUGGACUGUUCUCUAUGACUCCAGAUAAAACUGCUGUAAUGACUGUUGAAAGGAGUCAUAUUGACCCGAUGAGAAUCUUAAAACAGUAUUUGGCUCAUUUUAUUACAUAAAGACAUCUGAAAGCUUCUCCACCAGAGAAAGGAAGUGUGCAAAAAAAAUUAGCAGUUGUCAUCUCAAAAGAAAUAUGCUGGAUUAUUAAACUUUUUCCUGUUCGUUACAGUGACCAGAUAUGUUUGUAUAUUCGUAACCUGUCCUAAGGAAGAAAUCAGCCAAAUUGAUCCAACCGGACCUUCAGUUUGACUUUUUCUGUCCACUUUUCUUACCGCCGUUUCUGUUCUCAGUGCACUCUGUAAAUGAAGGUGACGCUCAAACAGCUAAGUAUUUAUUUAUCCUGAUUUCUUGUAAUUUAUUGUUUUUUUCU